AUGGGCUUCGGUGACUUUGCUGCAUCCAUGCAGAAGGUCGCACUCGACCAGGGCGAUAAGCCCAAGGAAGGCAGUACAGACCGCGGCCUCACUUCCAAGCUCAUGGACGCUGGGAUGAAGUAUGCGUCGGGCGGCAAGCCCCCCAGCCAGCCCCAGUACGGUCAGCAGAACCAGCAGGGCGGGCAUGGCGGAUACAACCAGGGCUAUGGCGGCGGAGCAGCCGACUCGUACUACAACCCCGGCGGGCAGGGCUCGCAUGGCGGAUACGGAGGCUCGUACGGACAGCAGGGUUACGGAGGCGGAUACGGCACGCAGCAGGGCAAUGGGCAGCACGGUGGCCAGCAGCAGGGCCAGUAUGGUGGCCAGCAGCAGGGCCAGUAUGGGAACCAGCACGGCGGGUACCAGAACCAGAACCAGGGCCACUCGGGCUCGUCAGGCGGCCUCGCUUCGGGCCUCGGCGCCCUCGCGUCCAUGGCGGGCGGCUCGAAGCCUCAAAACCAGCAGCAACAGCAGCAGGGUCACUCGUCGGGCGGCCUCGCGUCGGGCCUCAGCGCUCUCGCGUCCAUGGCGGGCGGCUCGAAGCCUCAAAACCAGCAGCAACAGCAGCAGGGUCACUCGUCGGGCGGCGGCCUCGGCGCCCUCGCGGCCAUGGCUGGUCCCGCGCUCGCCGCGUACUCUGGCAAGCCCUCGAAGCCGUCGGGCGGACACAGCAGCGGCGGCAGCCUCCUCUCCAUGGCGGCCGGUAUGGCGUCGCACGGCUCGGGUCAGGGCGGCGGCAGCGCGGGCAAGGUCGGCGGUCUGAUGGCGCUUGCUGGUGUCAUGGGUGGCGGUGGCAAGCAAAGCGGCGGAAGCGGCGGUGCACUCGGUACACUCGGUGCGCUCGCUGGUGUUGCUGGUGCGAUGAGCGGCAAGCGCGAGAUUGGAGAGGAGGACAAGCACGGCCAGAACAACCAGCAGAGCCAGUACGGCCAGUCGUACGGCUCUCAGGGCGACCACCGCGUGCCCUCCCCCCACCAGAACGAGCAGGGCUACAACCAGGGCUACGGCCACAACGACGGCCGUACUCCCACUCCACCGCACGGCGAGGCGGCCAACUACUACAACCAGCCGGGCUCGUACCAGGCCCAGGGCUAUGGUCGUUAA